UCGCUACCAGAUAAGGAUUUAAAGCAGCACCGUUCAUUACCCUCACCAUUAUAUUCAUGGAAUAGCUUCUUAUCACACACUUCUCUCGCUAUUUUCCUUUUGUUUCUCCCCAUUUCCAACAUUCCAAACCCACAAAUUUUGUUUUCUAUUACUCUUUCUCAGAGGAAAACAAGGAUGAAGAACUAACAACGGGAAGGGGCCCUUCUCCCUACACUUGAUACGUUAGCUUUCUUGACAUAACACGAUGUCAGUAAUAACUCCGUCUUCUAUCACCAAUGUUUCAGUUGUUCGUAUAGCCAACCACACGGGGAAGAGCCAUGGUUCAACAAGAUUCACCUUUUCUAGAAACUCCACUAGAGAUACACUUCAUAACCAAAGAUUUCUUUUACCCUUAUCCACUUCUGUUAGGCUGUUUCCAAAUUGUAGUAAAAAUUUAUUUUGUAAUCAUUGCCGUGGAAUCCCAAGAUUAUGUGCUUCAGGAACUGAAGUGGCAGUGGAGGAGUCAGAUUCAUUGGUUUCUGGUGAAGAAUCAAGUCAAAGCUCAGAACUUACAUCUGGUGAAAUCACAACAAAUGAGAAAAGCCCUGUGAAAUCAGAUGCUGCUCCUACACAGUCAAAACGUUUGAGACCUGUGAGGAAGAGUGAGAUGCCGGCUGUAAAUAAUGAGGAACUUAUUCCUGGUGCAACUUUUACUGGGAAAGUAAGAUCAAUUCAACCAUUUGGUGCCUUUGUUGAUUUUGGAGCAUUUACUGAUGGCUUAGUACAUGUAUCAAGGUUGAGUGAUAGUUUUGUUAAGGAUGUUGCAAGUGUUGUUUCAGUUGGGCAAGAGGUGAAUGUAAGAUUGAUUGAAGCAAAUGCUGAGACUGGACGAAUAUCGCUCUCGAUGCGUGAAAAUGAUGAAAGGAGAGAGUCUCCUGCUAGCAAUGAUAAACCUGGGUCUGCCAGAAGGGACACUCCAAAACCAAGAGGACCAAGGAGAAAUGAGGUGAAGAAAAGCUCAAAGUUUGUCAAGGGGCAAGAUUUACAGGGUACAGUGAAAAACAUUACCAGGUCCGGUGCUUUCGUAUCCCUUCCCGAGGGAGAGGAAGGAUUCCUCCCCGUUUCCGAGGAAGCCUCCGAAGGAUUUGGGAAUCUUAUGGGAAACUCUACUUUAGAAAUUGGCCAAGAGGUCGAUGUUAGGGUGUUGCGGAUUGCAAGAGGGCAGGUAACUUUGACUAUGAAAAAAGAGGAAGAUAAUGAAACGUUAGACGCUCAGCUCAAUCAAGGGAAAGUUUAUGCUGCAACAAACCCCUUCUUGUUAGCAUUUCGUAAGAACAAAGAUAUUACUACAUUUUUAGAUGAGAGGGAAAAUGUGGAGGAAGAAGCUAAAAAAUCUGUGGUACAGAAGGUUGCAGAAAUUGUAGAAGGGAUGGUUGAUGCAGAUCAAACCCGAGCUGAUGAUUCCACCAAAGUGAUAGAUGAUGUACUAAGUGAUGACAAGGAGGAGGAAAGUCUGCCUUCUGUUAAAGAUGAUGAACCUGCAUGUUCAGCUGAUUCAUAUGCUGCGACUCUAGAUGACUCGGAGAGUAUAUUAUCUACAUUAGAAGACGUAAAGCCCUCAGAAGACGAGCAAUCUGAAGAGGUCCAGGUGGUUGAGGCUGCUCAACCUAUAGAUGGACCUGAGUUUGAUGGGAAAGUAGUCGCCCCUGAUGAUGAAGCCAAAAAAAUAGUGUCUUCAGAAAGUCCAGUUAGUGAAGAACUUGUGGCUAGUGAAGACAGUGUGGAGAAAGAAAGUGAGCAAAGCCAGAAAGAUGUGGAAAAUGAAAUUAUUUCUGCUUCUCCAUCCGAAAAGGAAGCGGAUAAACCAGAAUCGGAUUCGAAUGGUAGCAUCACGAACUUAGGUAAAGAUCCAGCUCGUGAAGAAGUUGUUGAGGAUCAAGCCGACAUUCAAGCACCUGCUGAAAGCCCUGAAAUCCUUUCAUCUACACCAGUUAUAGAAGAAAAGAUAGGAACCGCUCCUGAGAACAAUGCUGAUCCUCCAGAAGAAGUUGCACCAAAAGCUGUGAUAUCACCAGGUUUGGUAAAGCAGCUUCGUGACGAAACUGGUGCAGGAAUGAUGGAUUGCAAAAAAGCUCUGGCGGAGAGUGGAGGCGACAUUGCUAAAGCUCAGGAGUUCCUCAGAAAGAAAGGCUUAGCAAGUGCAGAAAAGAAAGCUAGUAGAGCCACAGCUGAAGGAAGAAUAGGUUCCUAUAUUCAUGACGGUAGGAUCGGAGUUCUAAUAGAAGUGAACUGUGAAACAGAUUUCGUCUCGAGAGGAGAUAUCUUCAAGGAGUUGGUUGAUGAUUUAGCAAUGCAAGUUGCAGCAUGCCCUCAAGUACAAUAUGUGGUUACUGAAGAUGUUCCAGAAGAGAUAGUGAACAAAGAAAGAGAGGCCGAGAUGCAGAAGGAAGAUCUUUUAUCGAAACCCGAGCAGAUCAGGUCGAGAAUUGUUGAAGGACGGAUAGGGAAGAGGCUUGAAGAGUUGGCAUUGCUUGAACAACCAUAUAUCAAGAAUGAUAAGGUGGUGGUGAAGGACUGGGUGAAACAAACUAUUGCAACCAUUGGAGAAAACAUGAAGGUCAACAGAUUUGUGAGAUACAAUCUUGGAGAAGGCUUGGAGAAGAAAAGCCAAGAUUUUGCUGCUGAGGUAGCCGCACAGACAGCAGCUAAACCUGCUGCAACUCCAGCAGUCAAAGAGGAGCAGCCCAGUGUAGAGGAAGCGAAGGAAGCUGUUCCCAAGGCUGCAGCUGUCGCCGUUCCUGCAGCGCUUGUUAAGAAACUCCGAGAAGAGACCGGAGCAGGAAUGAUGGACUGUAAGAAAGCCCUGUCUGAAACUGGUGGGGAUCUAGAGAAGGCACAAGAGUAUCUAAGAAAGAAAGGCCUCUCGAGCGCGGAUAAGAAGUCUAGCCGUCUAGCAGCUGAAGGAAGAAUUGGAUCCUACAUUCAUGACUCCCGUAUUGGUGUUCUAAUUGAAGUGAACUGUGAAACCGACUUCGUGGGGAGAAACGAAAGAUUCAAAGAGUUAGUUGACGACCUCGCAAUGCAGGUUGUGGCAUGUCCAGAGGUGCAGUAUGUGUCCAUAGAGGACAUUCCAGAAAGCAUUGUUAAAAAAGAAAGAGAACUUGAGUUGCAGAGGGAGGACCUUCAGAAAAAACCAGAGAACAUAAGGGAGAAAAUAGUUGACGGGCGGAUUUCCAAGAGGCUGGGAGAACUUGUGCUUUUAGAACAACCGUUCAUUAAGGAUGACAGUAUUUUGGUCAAGGACUUGGUAAAGCAAACUGUUGCCUCUCUUGGUGAGAACAUAAAAGUUCGUAGAUUCGUUCGUUUCACCAUUGGCGAGACGGUCACAAAUUCGAGCGAGAAAUCCAAACCAUGAACCGAGAAAAACAGAAUACCUACCGAGCAUUGAGGCAAAGCUAGACAUGAAAUCAUGGUAGCAGUAGAGAAGAAUGUGAAGCCAAGGUAAAACUUUGUGUGGAAAGAAACUUGAAUGUUCAUUUUCCUCUCGUUUUUUUUGUAGCAAAGAGUUGAGUUUUCCUGAAACGCUGCUUGGUAGCAUCAUUUUGAUCUAAAAGAUUAUAAAAGCUUCAUUCAUAU